GGACAUGCACAUUCUACCUGCCCAGACAGCUGCCAGCUGUACCUGUUUGGCCAGGUGCAAAGUCUGUUCUGCCCAGAGAUGUGCCUUCUGGCAGCAUGCUGUUUAAAAGCAGAGGAAAUUAAUGGGGAACAGAAAGUGUACAUGGGAAAGGCUUUCCCCUAAUCUUCCUUCCUGGUACAGGCAAGAGAGAAAUAGCCAGUAGAGAAACUAAGUACAUAAAAGCAAGCCCAGUCAUGACCCCAAAUGUUAACAGGUGCUGAUGGUAAGUCUAGGGAGGGUGUGAGGUGGUCCCUUAAUGGGAUCAACAUCUUGGGUCUUGUCUUAAUAAUCUGCUAGGAACAGCCACUGUGCACUUCCACACUAAGAGGCCCCUGGGUGUUAGCCCUGUGGUCCACUGAAAGAAAAGUUCCAAGCUAUAUGGCUGAAGAUGGGAGCUGGACACAUGGAGCAAGGCACAGCAAGCCCCAGGAGUUGGCCCCGGGUCUCCGGCUCCAGACCAACUUCUCAGGAGGCCAUCCAGAGGCAACUGGAGGAGGUGGAGGAGCAGCAGAGGGCCUCCGAGAUCCAAGGCGUGAGGCUGGAAAAGGCGCUGAGAGGGGAAACAGCAGAUUCAGGCACACAAGAUGAAGCACAGCUUUUGCAGGAAUGGUUUAAGCUGGCUCUGGAGAAGAAUAAAUUAAUGCGAUAUGAGUCGGAGCUACUGAUCAUGGCCCAAGAAUUAGAAUUAGAAGAUCAUCAAAGCAGACUGGAACAGAAAUUGAGACAGAAGAUGCUUAAAGAGGAGAGCCAGAAAGAUGAGAAUGAUCUAAACGAGGAGCAAGAAUUAUUCAGCGAGAUGAUGCAAGUGAUUGAACAAAGGGACAGACUCGUAUGCUCCUUAGAGGAACAGCGCAUAAAAGAAAAGGCUGAAGACCAGCACUUUGAAAGCUUCAUAUUCUCCAGGGGCUGUCAGCUGAGCAGGACGUGAGCAGGUGCAGGGCGCUGCCCCUGGAUGCUGGCUGAGGACAGAUGGAGCCAAGCGCACCUCACGCGCUCACAGUUCCUUUGGCGGAAUCUGCAAUACCUGGAACUUAAGUGAUACCCUAUUGCCAUCUAGUCUUAAAAAUGAAAAUUCUCUCAUAUGGAGUACAGCUGCCCGAGACCCUUCCAGAGAUUAUAAUGAAGAAAACACACAGACUGUUAUGAAAUUGGCAGUCACUUUGGCAGGUCUCACAUUGGAGGUGACCUUGGCAGAUGACCAGCAUUGUUUUCCCUAGAAAGUGACACAGAGAUCGACUUUCCUGCUGCUUUUAUCAUUUAUCUUCCCGAUUCAUUGAGUUACACAUCUUAAGAUUUUUAAGAAGCUGCCUUUUCAUUAAUAUAUCCAUAUUUGCCUUUUUUUGCACGGGUGACCGGUUUCCAAAUGUCAGAAAGAAGCAGCCGCAGUUUAAAGAUUAGGUUAAUAUUUAAAUUGUGUUUCCAGAGAAAAAGGAGAAACCUUGAGAUUACUGAUUACAUAAAGCAAAUAACUCAUAUAGCAGGUGUUAAUUCAAUCCAGGGUGAAUUUAAUUUACCAGUUGUAUUUAUAAGCCUUAAUAUAAUAUACAUAAGCAACGAGAGUUUAAUACAACAUUUGAGCCUUAAUUUUAUUAAGAAAGAAAGAAAGAAAGAAGAAAGAAAGAAAGAAAGAAAGAAAGAAAGAAAGAAAGAAAGAAAGAAAGAAAGAAAGAAAGAAAGAAAGAAAGAAAGAAAGAAAGAAAAUAAAACUUUAACUUCCUACCAGCAGGAUUGUUAGUGUUCAUCAAAUACUGCGGGCUUGGGAAAGCUUUUGUUCUCAGAGCACUCCUUAUUGCCACUGGAACAUAGUGAAAAGCGUUUCUAGAAAAUGAAUAGUUUUCCAGCGCUUUUUUUUUUUUUUAUAACUGUUGGUGAGGGCAAAAAGGAAACUCAUUUGUUGAUAAAGUAUUGGCGAGGCUGGUGCUGCUACUGAAACACACUCACUAGUGAUCCAAGGCAAGGUUGUCUUCCCCCCAGGGGGCGUGGUCUUCUCAGGUCCAAAGAGAAGUAUCUCCCACACUCUCUCCAGGGAUUCCCCAGGAACUCCACAGGACAAGGACAAAACCACUUCUGACUUCACCCGGGAGCUGAGUGCAGUGACCCCGUUUACCAAAUGCAGUGACCAAAUUCCAAACUGGGUCAUGGAUUUUUUUUUUUUUUUUAAUGACAUUUUCAAUGUGAAAAGAAAGCCAGGAGGUGGAGUUUAUGCACUGACAGGCGACUCCUGGGCCUUUUUGAUGGUUCAUAUGGGAACCAGAGAAAACUGAUCUGUUUUAAAUAGUGAUGGGUUGUCAAAAAGUAUUGAAUUGUUUUCCCUCAAUGGGAUUCUUUGAAGAUUCAGUCUGUUGCUGACAAGAGACAGACUGAGGAACUCUUUGUUACAUGUUUGGCCUCUCUCAUUUCUGUAAGUGUGUAAAUGUGUCACCGAACAGAAGGUGCUUUGCAACAGUUGGCUCUGACCGUAGACCUAAUUCUCCUCAAUAUAAGUUGACCAUGAACCACUUCUAUCUGAGAUGCUGUCCAUGCAUGCCAAUCUGGCUAGCCGACCAGCCAGAAAUGAGAAAUGUAACUGGAUUUCCCGAGCUCGCCAACUCUUUGGGUGAUAUCAAAAGGCAACCCUUCCACGGCAUUCCAGAUUCUGAGGGUUGCAGUUCUCUUUUCCUUUCUUUCUUUUUUUUUUUUUUUUUAAGAAUCAGGUCUUCUAGUACAUGAAUUAUUCUACAAGGGAAUAUGUGCAGGCAUCUAUCUAUUGAAACUGUGCCAUUUCUGCUAUUUAUCUAUUCUUAUUUAUUUAUAUAUUUGUUAGAAAUUGCUAAUAUGGUUGCCUUAUAAUUCUGGUUUUCCUGUGUUAUAAUUUGGAGAAGGCCUGUUGUCACUCAUUGUCACUGAGAUAUUGGUAUAUAAGCUAUUUAACAUAUAAAUAACCCCGAUGUUUGGGGCAGUGAGUUGUAUAGUAUUAAAGAUUUCUGGAGAUAGUUAAAAUAAUAUUUUCAGUCAUCAAGUAUUUAAAGGUAAGACUGUGGAUACUCAGGAAUUUUAAUUCAUUUAAAGAAAAAGAUAUAGAACUCCCGUUUGUAUUCUAGAAUGUUUAGAAAUACCCGAACCCAGUCUUUUCUGUCAGUUAUGUGGAAGUGUGCUCUUUGGUGCUGGCGUACAUGUAACAGAUGAGGCUCACAUGCGUGGUGUCUGAGUUGUUAUUAUACAAGAGAAUUAAUUGCCACUUAUUUUAAUUUGUUCUAUUUUCAUCUAAAAGAAAGAUUCUCCCAAGAGGGCCAAGAAAGAAGGUGUUUCUUGGCUCUAGUGUUCUAUUAAUUGAUGAGAGAAGCAAUUUGUUCACUUUCUCUUCCAAAGACUGUUCUGCAGCUUAAGGCUGAGUCUUAUCUGGCCAAGCUGAGACAUAAACCUCAUACAUAACAGCCGUUUACUUACCCCGGCUUUCAGUGUUACCAGUACAUGAAACCAUUUCAGCGAACACUUCUAAAUGUGGCUGUUGAAUUAUUUUGAAUAGUUGCAUUCCUUAUUCACAAUAAAGAAUGUGCUAAGAGCCUCAAAAUGUAAAAUAGUGUACAUUUUAAAGAUGAUUUUUUAUGCAGUAUGAGUGGGAUUAUGAUGAUUAUGAGAACAGUUUCUUCUGUCUCAUAGAAGGACAUAUGCGAUCAAAGCUGGACAAUUUAGGACUCUGGAUGAGACAUAAAGCCCCAGUCUCAGGUCAUAUUUCUGAGCCAGUCUCACACAGCUUCUCAGUUAAACUAAAGGGCUCACCAGAGUUUCAAGUUUAGGAUUUUACAUGAGAUGGACCAAUAGGACAGUUCUUAAGCUUGCCCUCCCAAGCCAUUCAUUUGUCGACCUAGUUGUUUAACAAACAUUCUCUGAUUGCCUAUGGGGUUGUGCAGCUCUCAGCAGGGGCUGCCAUUAGGGAAGAAUAUCAGGCCUCCACUCCACCCGCAAAUAAAUGCAAAGAUUAACAAGUACCAUUCCCAAAUAAAUACAGAGAUAAAGAACUAUUUUUAUUAUAAGCAUCAGCCUAUUCCGCUCACAUUCGUCUCAACCAGGAAGACUUUUACCCCCAACGAUUACAGCACUUCAUUGGCAAUACAAAGAAGUUCGUUUCCAAAACUGUGAAAAAUAAUAACGGGCUGUACUGUUUCAUUUAAACCUUGACUCUGCCAGUGUUAGGCUGCUUGGACUCCAUCAAUGCUGAGAUGCUGCAUGGUAAUUGCAACCCAGAAAGGAAGUGGCAGGUGUUUCCAACUCUGAUGAGCUGCAAUGAAAUUGAUGUUUCCUGCAUUCUGGAGGCAAAUGACAAUUCGGCAAUGUCUGUCUUCCCGGGAAGCAGAUUUACAGGCUUUUCCUCCCAAACUGAAAAUGGCAGCAAGUCCCACCCAGGUGGCCGAUGAGAGAACUACCUCAGCAGGACAGAGGUGGCAGGGGGCAGCUGGGGCUGCCACAUGAGCAGAGAGAGAGUGGCAGUCAUCGGAUGUGGUGAGCUCGAAUGUAGUUUAUCGUAAUAGGAAGGGUCACAUACAGGGGAGCGUGUACCGUCUCACCUACUGUUUAUCUUCUAACCUCACUGCUGAGUGGCUUGUAAAAGAUUAAUCUGCUCUGACCACUGGGAACUCCUCCUGUGGGCUGAAAGGCAUUACAUGGGCACUGCUAUAAAUACUGAAAUGAACCCCAAAUAAAUGGUUUUCUGUUAAA